AACAAUGUAGAGAGGCAGAAAAAUACACUAUUCGAUCAUAGAACUUAAAAGAAAAAUCAGGCUAGAUCCGACCUAGGGAUCAACUCUCUUAACAAUGCUAAUACAUUCUCAUCGGAAGUUUCCCUAUGCUUCCCUUUGACUUUUUUAUUUUUAGACUCGUUAGAUUUGUACUUAGUAGACCAGAUGUGCACAUACAAUGUCGCAUACAGCUGCUUAAAAUUCUUCCAACAACACAAUUGUUCGUGAAACAUGAAAACAGUUAUUUUUUUCCCAUUUUAAACAUUGCAAAUGAUAUUUAUAACUUAAAAUAUAAAUAUAUAUAUAUAUUAGGGNUAAAACAACCUUGGCAAACUAGAUUUAGGGCAAAAUGGACAGGAUCCAUUCAAUUGGUUUCAGGUAACUGAAAUUGCUUGGCCUUUGAGGGUUAAAGAUGGCGGACAUCCAACUUCAAAGCCAGUCAAUUUCAUCAUUGCGCUCCUGUGGAAUUGUUUUGAUGUAAAUCUAAAGAUGAAACUAGUUUUGUAUCAUGCAGAACGUGGCACAAACAGAACAUUUAAUUUUGUCAUGACAUAUUCCAGGGGUGCAGAGAAAAAAAUUCCAGCAUAACCCCUUCAAUUUUGAGGAUGCAAUCCUAUUCAUUGGCUAUUAAUGAUCAUUAUAUUAUGUCCAUAUUAUGAAAACUGACGAAGGUCAUUGUUUGUGAUAUAUAAGUCGACUUUUAUUAUAAACCUCCUCCUAAUAUUAUAUUUAGCCUUACAACAAACUCAAAUCAAGUCUCUUCUGUCACUUGUCUAGAAGAUAUAGCCUUUCAUCUUAAUCUCGUCUGACAAUAAUCUUCAAGUUCUUGAUUGGUCAAGUAUUCCAUAGAAGUACAUGCAUCCUGACACAGAUUCAUUAUGAAUUUAAGAAAUUUCUAAAGCAAUUCAUUUAUUUAUCACUUUUUCGAUAUAAAAUAAAACUUACUGUGGCAAGUAUCGGGUACAUUUUAAUUAAGAAAGAAAUCUUUUAGACUAAGAGACACGUUGACCAUUUAUUUUACAUUUUGAUGUAAAGCUAUAUAAACAGCUAAUACUUCCCUUGCUCAUUUCAGUAUUCCAAAGAUAUUCCAGCCACUGAAUCCUUACGUAUUACUGUGGGCAAUGACAACUACAAGGAAAGGACCAGGAGUCCAUUGUCAGGAAGACUUGGUCCCCCUGUCAGCAGUUCCCCUUACAAUACACAGUCACCAAGAGAGCAUCGAAAAUCAGAGUCCGAUUCCUUUAACACUUUUGAUAGUUAUGGCAAGGAGGCCAAAUUCUAUGACCAGGGAGAUCAAAGGCGUGACAGGGAUCGAGGACAGGGGAGGAGUGGAGGGUAUGAAUCAGAUAGACUAAGAAAUAGGGAAUAUCCCAGUGACAGGUAUGAUGAACGAAACAAUGAUUUCAACAGAGAAAUGCGAGGCAGAAUCGACAAGUACAGUGGAGAGGACAGGUACAAAGGAGGAGACACCAGUCAUAGGAGAGGGGGCAGCAUUGACAGGAGGGAAGACAACAGGGGUAGUCUUGAGCGUCAGAGUGGAUAUAGAGAACCAGAAAGUGACGCCUUUUUCAGGGAUAUUAAUCCAAGAGAGGAUAGUGACAACAGAACUGAAAGAGAACUUCUCGGUGGGUACAGAGACUUACAAAGCAGGGAUGACUAUCAAAAUAUCACAAGGCGAAGUUCAGAUGAAUUGAGACCUAGUUUUCCUCUUAUCCCACCAGCGCCCAAACCUCUAAAAUCCAUUUUGAAAAAGAAGUCUGCACCAGAAGAUAGUUUGCCAGGUCAGGUCACAAAUCCAGUAGUAAGAGAAGAAAAUAAUCUGUUCCCCAUUAUACGAUCUACAGCAGAUAGGCAGGUAGCAGAUACCAGGACACAACAAAACACUGAAAAGUCCAAUAGAGGUACUCCUUUCGACGAUCGACUGCCAAGAUCUGAGGGCAGAGGAAGCUCUAGAAGUGGAUUACCAGGAAUGUCUUCUUACAUGGAUAUUGAGGAUGAGGAAAAAUUCUUGUAUGGUGAUGAUGACCAUGACGAAGGAAAAGAUCAUUCUAACAAGUCUAACUCUCAAAGACCCUCAACAGAGUCCAGGUCUAGAUCACAAGAUUCAAUGUACACUGGGGUGGACAACCGAUGUACAAGGCCAGAUUCAUAUUCAGCAGAUGAUCACUUUAACAGAAUGUCAUCAACAGAUGAACAAAGGAUCCGCAUGGAUUCUCAACGAAUACACGACCAGAGAAGUAAUUUAGACUCUCGUUUAAUGGGUCAUGAAAUAGCUGAUCAGCCUAUUAGACCCACUGCUGAAGAGCAACUGCAUUCAUCGGUGUCUUCUUUCCUCGAGGAUCAGCGGUUUAAACAUAAUUCAUACCCUCCUGCUCUUAGAGAUACUGUCCAAGUGCAAGAAAACCCUGUGGCCAUUCAGCCUCCAGGAUUUAAGCCAGACUUAUUAAGUCUAUUUACAUCAGGGAAUGAGCUGCCAAAGGUCCAACAACCUACCCAAACUGUUCCCCCAAUCCAACAACCUAUUCAAAUUACUCCAACACUUCCAUAUACAAGUCAAGUUCCACCUGAAGAGCCAAAGCAAAAAUAUGAUCCUACGAUUGAAAAUAUACUCAAAUCCAUAGGAUUUGACUUUGAAAUGUCAAGAAGAAUGCAAGAAAAGGCAAGCAAUUCAUUGCCAAUUCAAAAACCAAAAAAGGAUGAGGAACAAUUUGGUAUUAAUCAGACUGCAUCCUUCUUAGAAGGAGGGAUUUCUAAUGAUAUCAAAAACAAACUCUUUAACAAAUCAAAAAAAGAAGAAUCAAUAGUUGAUAUUCUGAUGCGAGAAGCUCGAGAAGGCCCAUCAAGAUCAACGGAGAAGAGACAUGACCGUGAGAAUGAACCUAGGGAAAGGUACAAGAAGAUGGAACCAAAGUCAUCAGAACAGGAUCGACGGUUGGAAAGCUACAAAAGAGAGAGAGAUACAGUUAGAGAUGCUGACCUCUUAGAUAGGGAAAGGAAGAAGGAAUUGUUACCAGCUGAACCAGUGAAGGAAUCCGCAAGUGACCUGUAUGAAGAAUCAACUUACGAAGAUCCAAGUCUAUCUACAGAAAGUCUGUCAUCUGGUAUAUCUUUCCAAAGACAUGUGACUCCCACAGAACCACAAUACCCAGCAUACAGUCAGCCAGCAUCUUAUUCACAACCAGGAUAUCCCCCAGAUAUGGCGAACUACACAAACUCACCUGUAGCACCUCCUACACAGGUACACCCAGGUGCUGUUCCACCUUACCCUGGAGCUCCCAUGGGGGCAAUGUAUAAUGCACCUCCUCAAUAUGGAUAUGGACAUCCUCCCCAAGGAUUUGACCAAGGUUCUUAUCCGAAUUACACAAAUUACCCUCCACAGGGUGCUCCAUUUCAACCCAGACAUAAUCCACCAAAUUUAGGUCCCCCACCUCAUGGCCAAGCCUUCCAUGGUCCACCUCCUAAUGUCCCAUCCCUCCGUGGUCCACCCCCGCCACCUCAUGGCCUACCCCCUCAAAUGAGAGUGUCUAUGACUACAGACCACCAGUCCAGUGACAGUCGCACUAGAAGUGCACGAUUAUCUCCUGUCAAAGACACUCUGAAGGAAGAAAUCCAGGAAAAAAAGACAAUCACAAUUGAAAAGAAAACUAUAACAAUAUCUCCAAAGGAAACCAACAGAACUGUUAUACCUCCAAAUCUUGACAGGAUUAAAGGUCCUGAAAAACAACCAACAGAUCCUCCUCCGAAGCUGCUCACACCAAAAGAAAGAAAUAUUAUGCUAAAGGAAAGUCAACAGAGGCGUCAGAAGAUAGAAACUUUGGAAUCAGAACUGCAGAUAUUGCGUAAACAGCAAAAUGAGAUGAUGAGAAAGAUACGCAGACAGAAAGAUGGCCACAAAGAUCCAGUUCUAAUACAGAACAACAAACUGCAAGAUGACAUUUCUGCACAACUUUCAAAACUUAGAAAAGCUGCAGAGGAAAAUUCAAAGAUUCUUAAAGAAUAUAAAGUUGACCCAAAUCUUCAGCCUGAUGGUGAAAAGGAAGGAACUUCUGAAGCAGAUGCUAAAACAAAUAAACCCCUUAGGAAUAGUCAGCAGGCGCAAAACCGAAAGAAAAAUGAACCGGUACACCAAGUCAAGAAGUACGAGUUUUUUGAUCCCGGAGGUUACUGGUGUAAAGUGUGUAACACAGACUCUGGUAGUGUAUACAGUGUCCUACAGCAUUUACACGGAAAAAAACAUCAGCAGGCCAUGAAUCCUUACGAUCGACCAUGGGUCCCCAGAGCAAUGAAGAGUCCAAGUAAACGUGUCAAAAAUGAGCAUCUAGAAGUGUUACCAGUUAAAGGCCAAGAGUUCCUGGUGCCCUGUAAGGCUUUCUACUGCACGUUGUGUAAGGAGUUUGCUGGUGACGAAGCUUGUGCUGACUUUCACAUUAAAACAGAUAGCCACUAUCAAAAUUAUCUGAAACAUCUGGAAAAGAAUGAGUUUUAUGAGCAGAGGAUGGGGCUAGAUAAAGCAGCAGGUCGUAGUGGAAGCAAAGAUAUGAAGAAUGUGAAAAAGGAAGACCGAAAAGAAGAUCGAAGGGAAAAGAAUGAACAAAAGAGGCAACGAGUUCAGGAGAAAGAAAAAGUGUGGGAGAAACCGGUGACUGAAUUAGACUUGGAACAACCUGCUAAAAAACCGAAGAUGUCACCAAGUGAACCAAAAGAUACUAAAGCGGUCAAGUCUGGUGAAGGUUUUGGCAAGUUUACCUUCACCCCAGUUGACAAAGACAAAGGAAAGAAAGAAGCUGAUAACGAUGAAGAGCAGGAAAAGAAAGAGAAUGAAUCCGGUCAAGACAGCAAAAGCAAGAUAGCAAUUAACAUUGUCAACAAGAUGGGUAUAAAACCAGUACCUGGUGCAAAAAUCUCCGGAAAGAAAAACCCAUUGCUGCCACCUUGGACUCCGGUUUCCAAACAAGAAAGUCAGAAACUGACAGCUGGGGUUUCUAAGGUUGAAGCCUUCCCACUGAGGAAAGGUUCUGGAAAAACUGAGCAUGCAGGGGGAAAGCCUUCAUCGCUGGACAUGUUCUUAACAAUAGAAGAUAAAUCCAAGCCGUUACCAGUGAUGAAGGAUAAGCCAAAGGUGACUGCACAGGAUAUUCUAAAGGCUUUCACUGGAAAACUUAAGGAUGACAAUGCCAGCCCAGCAGAAAAGAAGAACCAGACUGAUGGAAGUGAAAAGACCAACGCCAGCCCUGCAGAAAAGAAGAACCAGACUGAUGGAAAUGAAAAGACCAAACUGACUUGUGAACAGAAAGAAGAACUUGAGGACUUGAAAAUGCUUGGCAUCGACCCUAUUUUUGAGAAACCAUUAGCUGAGAAGAAAGUUCCACCUCCACCUUCCCAGAAUCUUUCUCUGCCCCCAAGCCAACAAACGCAAGUGGGGGUUGCUGAUAAUCCGGAAAAAGGUAAGUUAUCUAUACUACCAAUGAUGGAGAUGGACAUCCCUUUGCCACCGUCAGCACCGUCCAAGGCACAGAGUGUUGAAAAGGUUGCUGAAAAUGGUGAAGUCAAAGGUUCUGCAAUCAGUACCGAAUUGCCCAUGGACCAAGGAGAUAUUGUACCAACUCCUGCAAAGUCUGAGGAGGUAACACAGCCUACAGCUGAGAUUAAAUCUUCUGUCGCUGAAUUGGAGGACGUUAAUGAUGGAGCUAGUGACUGUAGUGGAUACAGCAUGCACAUGGGCAGCGACUUCGAGGUUGUGGACGAAUGUGAAGCAGAUGAAUUAUAGAGUUAUCUCCCUUGACCCGGAGUUGUAGGUGACAUCAAAUUUUAUGCAGAGAGAUUGUGACAUCAUCGUAGCUGUGGAUUUUUUAUACUAAAGAUGUGGACAUUUUAUUCCAUCAGAAAUAUGGAGUUUUUAUUUUAAGUUGUGAUCUUGGAUAUUAAAAAUUUCUAUCAAUCAUGAAAAUGUACAAAUGUUUCUAAACAACAAUAAACCAAGAAAAUAGAUGGAGAAGAGAUGAAACAGGAUUUGUUUCCUUUCCAGUUUCUCGUUACAGAUUAUACAAUUGUACAGGCUUUUGUGUUGACUAUUCGUGAAAUAGAAGUGUAAAAGAGAACUUUCAGUCAUUUAGCAAAAAGAUUUCAAAAUGCACGAGUUUGCAGAAAAUUGUAGUUGUGCUUGGAAUGCUAUGCGGAUGUGUUCACAAGAAAAACUGCAGAAGAGGAAAGUCCCAUUAUUCAUCAUUUGUGCUCAUUUUUAUCACAACAUGGGGGGGGGGGGUUCUGAGUGAAUAAAUGUUUCAGUUAUUGUGAUAUGGUUUUAAAAUAGAAUUUCAAAUCAAGUCAGCCACAUUUCAUCUACUUACUUUCUGAUCAUGAUAAUUACAUUUAAUGCAUGCAUUUGAAUGUGUCGUGUCUUGAUUUCAACCAUUCAGCCCAUCUAUGUAUUAUACAUUAUUAAAAAAUGUGGUAGAAUCAAACGGCGACAUUUUUUUAUAUUUUUUUAAAGGUCUGUUUUUCUCGCAUACUAACACUUCCAAUAAACAUUAUUUGAUAUGAUGACUUUGGGCUGCAAUAAAAGAGAUUCUU